AUGGAGGGGCUAGAGAACGAGGAAAUGCUACCCCGCACCGCCGCUCACCUCAUUCUCGGCCCAUCCGACCAUCACAGGCGGCCGGCGAAGAGUGGGACACGGCAACCAAAGACCGGGGCAGCAAAGCUACCUAGAGGUAGGGAAGCUCACUGA